AAUACAAUUAAUCCAGAGAAACCGUGUUGGCGCUAUAUCCUUACAUUUAGUGAACACCAACAUCAGCCAAGAUGACAACAACAGCACCAACCCUCCUGUCCAAAACCGCAGCAGCAUACCUCCCCUUCAAUAAGCACACCUUUACCCCCCUCUCAGCAAUAGCCGGAACCCUGUUGGCCCUAACGGCAAUCACUCUCCCAGUUGCUUAUCGAGACUACAGAAAAUUCCUCUCCUACGGACCAGGAGGCGUUCCCCAUAACGUCUUCGGGUGGGUGGUCGUGAACCUCAUGCGACCACUAACGCGGGAGACACUCAGCACGACUGUGUACGAGGAGAAGAUGCAGCAGGGGAAAACAGAGAGUUUCCUGGCCAACUUGCCGGCUCGCGAGGGCGAGAGGCCCGAGAUGGGCAGUCAUGCUGUUCCACAGAGACAGAUGAACCAAAUUCCUGAUUUGGAAGUUAAAGAAAAACUCACCCAGAGAUACACGGAGUUCGUCUCGAAAAAUCCCCAUCUCAUCAAAACCAAUGAAUCGCAACUUGAGCGUCAUUCCCCUGCAAUAUUCGUAGCCGAUAAUGUCCCGCAAUCGGAUAUUGCGAGGAGCAUAAAUGGCGAGAUUGCCCAUAUUCACUGUACCGGCGAGUUUUCGGUGCAUGUUACCUUGUCCCCUGCUGAUUGCAAAAAAGUCAUCGAUGCAGGCUGGGCCCAGCGCCAUCCUUUUUCUGGCUCCCCGAUUCUUAAACCUGCUAGUGGUAGUGGAAAACCAUUUUUGUCCUCGGAGUAUGUAUUUAUCUACGCGCCACGGAAUGAUGAAGAGGUUGGGGUUGUGAUGAAGAUUAUCAUGGCUAGUAUAAAAUACAUGACUGGUGCAAAGGAGGUUAAUUAUUAGGUCCAUGGGACUAUACUUGGGCUAUGACAGCUGUUUAAAUGGCUUGUGGUGUAUUGCUAGUGAUUGGAUGAAUCUGCUCCUUUGUUGCUUGAAAGAACAUAAUGAGAUAUAUAGUAGUAAGAAUAAGUACCUAUAUG